UUGUGAGGCAGGUAGUGUCUUUGAGGGUAUAAUGCCUAAAAGCUUGAACGUUUAUGUGACAACAGCAUCAAAUACUGAAGAAAGCAGUUGGGGGACGUAUUGCCCAGGAAUGGAUCCUCCACCUCCAUCAGAAUAUCUCACAUGUUUGGGAGACUUGUAUAGUGUUGCAUGGAUGGAGGUCAGCGAGUCUCAUAACCUGAACAAGGAAACAAUAAAGCAGCAGUACGAGAAGGUGAAAGAAAGAACUUCCAACUUCAACAACUAUAAUGUUUGGUCUCAUGUUAUGGAAUACGGAAGCAAAGAAAUUAAGCCCAAGAAAGUUUACUUGUACCAAGGAUUUGACCCUGCCACCGUGAAUCUUCCUGCAAACAAAAUUGAUUUUGCGAGAUUGGAGGUGGUCAACCAGAGGGAUGCUGAUCUUCUCUUCUUAUGAGAAAGAGCAAGUUUGAGCUAGAGUUUCAUAACAUAAUCAAUUUUUGUUUGUUUGUGUUUGACUGUUUGUAUAGUAAUUGAGUAAUUUUCUUACACAUUUGAGUGGUGAUGGGUCCAAGGGAUACAAUCGAUGAAUCACCGGAAGGAAACAUUGGUAAUACGGACAGUUCAAAAUUUACUAUUUUCAUGAAUUCCUGAAGCCAUAACUUUUGACACUGCUUGUUUGUUCUUACACCAGGUUCG